UGUAUUUUGUGAGAUCAUAGCUGGAAAGGUAACAGCGGCUUUCGAAAUGGAUAGCCGAGUAAUUCCUAGGAAUGGCGCGAUGCUCGGUCUUUUUGUCUUGGUUUUAAUGUCGCAAUCCGUUGCCAGUGAUGUGAGUUAUUCUUUUCCAGAGGAGACAAAACGUGGGUAUGUGAUUGCAAACAUAGCCAAAGAUAUUGGUUUGGACAUCAGCAAGUUAUCAGCUCGUAACCCUCGUGUUGAUACAGAAGAUAACCGCAAACGUUAUUGCGAUGUGAAUCGAAUAACUGGGGAUUUGACUGUAGUCGAAAGGAUCGACAGAGAUGGACUAUGUGGAAAGAAGGCUUCGUGUGUUAUAAAGCAAGAGCUAGUUUUGGAGAAUCCACUGGAGUUGCAUCGGAUUAAUCUUCACAUUCAAGACAUAAACGAUAACCCCCCCAUAUUUAAGAAUGAUGUGAUCAAUUUUGAAAUACAAGAGUCAGCUGUUAGAGGUGCACAUUUCUUACUGGACCCAGCCGGUGACGCAGACAUUGGAGAGAACUCCGUGAAGAGCUACUCGCUUCAGAAGAAUGAUCACUUUGUGUUGAAAGUGCACUCUAGUACAUACGGAGAUAAAUAUGGCGAGCUGGUGUUAGACAAAGAGCUGGAUCGUGAGCAGCAGGAAGAGGUUGUAUUAAUUCUUACAGCCACUGAUGGUGGGAUUCCACCGAGGUCAGGUACCGUAGCUAUUCAUGUUACAGUGCUAGACGCUAAUGACAACGCUCCUGUAUUCAGUCAUGACCUUUAUACAGUCACUCUGCCUGAAAACACUCCUUUAAAUUCCGUAGUGGUUACUGUGAGCGCCACCGAUGCCGACAACGGAGCCAAUGGAGAAGUGACAUAUGAGUUUGGUCAUUUGUCCGACGAUGUUGUAAAUUUAUUCUCCCUUGAUGCUAAAACAGGAGAUAUAUUAGUGACAGGUCCGGUUGAUUACGAAGAUGAAAAUUCCUAUGAGCUACAUGUUCAAGCUAAAGACGGGUCAGGCUUAGCGUCUUAUACUAAAGUGAUUAUAGAAAUCACUGAUGUUAAUGAUAACGCACCUAUGAUAUUUGUUAAGUCCCUGUACAGCCCCGUUGCCGAAAAUGUAGCACCAGGAACAGAGGUGGGCAUUAUAAACGUGCAGGACAGAGACUCAGUAGCGAGCAGUCAGGUUCGCUGCUCCAUCCUUAACAACGUGCCAUUUAAACUCGUUCCAUCAAUUAAAAAAUAUUUUUCGUUGGUCACUACAGGCGCAUUAGACCGUGAAGUAGUGUCUAAUUACAAUAUAACUGUAAUGGCUACAGACGAUGGCUCUCCCCCACUGUCUACCUCCUCCAGCAUCCAGAUAUUCGUUGCAGACGUGAAUGAUAAUGCACCUGCGUUUGACCAGCAAUUAUAUAGUGCUUUAGUGACCGAGAAUAAUAAACCAGGCACCUCAAUUUGUAUUGUAGUCGCAAAAGAUCCGGAUUGGAGACAAAACGGCACAGUGACGUAUUCACUUUUACCUGGUCAGAUCAAUGGUGUGCCUUUGUCCUCCUUUGUAUUAAUUAACGGAGACACUGGGGUUAUUCAUGCUGUCAGGUCGUUUGAUUACGAGCAGGUUAAGAUGUUCAGUGUUCAUGUGCUCGCCCGAGACAACGGCUCUCCUCCACUCAGUAGUAAUGUGACCGUGCGUGUCCAUGUGAAGGACGAGAACGAUAACUCUCCACAGAUAUUAUAUCCAACUCCGGACGGCAAAUCACUCAUGACCGAGAUGGUGCCCAAAGCUGCGCAGGCGAACUCCAUUGUGUCCAAAGUCAUCGCGGUGGAUGCAGACUCAGGGCAGAACUCGUGGCUCUCCUAUCAUAUUACAAAGGCCUCUGACCCUGGACUCUUUAUAAUCGGUGUCCACAGUGGAGAGAUCCGGACGCAGAGAGACGUGUCUGUAUCUGACACAAUGAAGCAGAGUCUUGUCGUCUCCGUGAAAGAUAAUGGACAGCCCUCUCUUUCAGCGUCUUGUACUGUGCAUUUACUUAUUUCGGACAACUUGAUUGAAGUCCCAGAACUGAAAGCUAUGUCUUAUGACGACGGCUCCAAACUCACAACUUAUUUGAUAAUUGCACUCGUCUCUGUGUCGACGUUUUUCCUUACCUUUAUUAUCAUCACUUUGGCUGUGAAGUUUUGUCGCAGAAAAAGACCCAGACUAUUGUUUGAUGGAGCUGUGGCGAUCCCCAGUGCGUAUCUCCCUCCCAAUUACGCAGAUGUGGAUGGAACUGGAACACUUCGCAGUGCAUACAACUACGACGCGUAUUUGACCACGGGGUCGCGUACCAGUGACUUCAAGUUUGUCGGAUCAUACACAGAGGGAACUAUGCCCAUUGAUAUGACUCUUAAGAAAUCUGCAUCUGACGACUUGCUCGGUGCCAUCGAUACCGUCCAGUGAGGUUUUGCCACAGGAGAAAGCCCAGAAUGUUGUUUGAUGGCGC